AUGGACUUAAGAGUUGGUAAGAAGUAUCGUAUUGGACGUAAAAUUGGAUCAGGAUCAUUUGGUGAUAUUUAUUUAGGUACCAAUAUCAUAUCAGGAGAAGAAGUUGCCAUCAAAUUAGAAAACACCAAAGCUAAACAUCCUCAAUUAGAAUAUGAAGCAAAAGUAUAUAAAGCCCUUAGUGGAGGUGUUGGUAUCCCAUUUGUAAGAUGGUAUGGAACUGAAUGUGAUUAUAAUGCUAUGGUUAUUGAUUUAUUGGGUCCAAGUUUAGAAGAUUUAUUUAAUUAUUGUAAUCGGAAAUUCACCUUCAAAACAGUAUUGUUAUUAGCUGAUCAAUUGAUUUGUAGGAUUGAAUAUAUUCAUGCUAGAUGUUUUAUUCAUCGGGAUAUUAAACCGGAUAAUUUCUUAAUGGGAAUUGGUAGAAGAGGAUCACAAGUUAAUGUAAUUGAUUUUGGAUUAGCUAAGAAAUAUAGAGAUCCAAGAACUCAUUUACAUAUUCCAUAUAGAGAGAAUAAGAAUUUGACUGGGACUGCAAGAUAUGCUAGUGUAAACACUCAUUUAGGGAUUGAACAACUGAGAAGAGAUGAUUUGGAAAGUUUGGGUUAUGUUUUGAUUUAUUUUUGUCGAGGUUCAUUACCAUGGCAAGGUUUAAAAGCAGCUACUAAGAGACAGAAAUAUGAUAGAAUUAUGGAAAAGAAAAUGACAACUCCUAAUAAUAUAUUAUGUAAGGGGUUACCACAAGAAUUUUUAGAUUAUAUGAAUUAUAUUAAAACUUUAAGAUUUGAUGAUAAACCUGAUUAUCCAUAUUUAAGAAAAUUAUUUAGAGAUUUAUUUAAAAAGGAAAAUUAUCGUUAUGAUUAUGUGUUUGAUUGGACUUUAUAUAAGUUUCAACAAGAGAAACAAAGAGCUCAAGGAAAGAUUACCGAUGGUCAAGAACAAGAUCAACAGCAGGAACAACAAGGGCAACAGCAAGGUCAACAAGCACAACCACAGGAUCAACUUGCAGCACAACAACGUCUUCAAAAACAAAGAGCAUCCUUACAACAACAACAAGGGAAGCCAAUGGUUGAUCCUGCAACUGUUGCUGGUGUAGGUUAUCAAAACUAUGGCUAUCAACAACAACAACCACAGGAUAAACCAAGAGUUGUUCAACAACAACAACAACAACCACCUCAAGCAAACCCAGCAUGGCUUUAA